AUGAAUUUGCAACAAGUUGGGCAGCCUAAAUCUUCUAAUGGAUAUGGUCGUCGGAAAUCUGAAAAAGAUGGGGCAUCCAAAUCGGAUAAUAAGAUUCCCCCUGGAAAAUCAAAUGCUGGCAGAUUAGCAAGUACAGGUGCAGUGACAAGUAGUAAAGGUGGUAGUUAUGAGAGUCCUUCACGUGAUCGACUGGUAUAUUUAACAACAUGCCUUAUUGGGCAACAGGUGGAAGUCCAGGUGAAAAAUGGAUCUAUAUACUCUGGAAUAUUUCAUGCUACAAAUACUGAGAAAGAUUUUGGAAUCAUUUUGAAAAUGGCUUGCUUGACAAAGGAUGGGUCUUCGCAAGGGCAGAGCUCCGGUGCUGAAUUUGUCAGCAAAGCUCCUUCUAAAACUUUAAUAAUACCUGGAAAAGAACUUGUACAAGUUAUAGCAAAGGAUGUUGCUGUUUCUACAGGUGACCUAGCCAGUGAAUCUCACUAUGAUGUGCAUCAGGAGAUCAUGGUUGAUUCAGUAAUAUCUCAACCUCGUCAUGUUGAUUUAGGGAGAGAAUUACACCGAUGGGUACCUGAUGAAGAUGUUCCACAAUGCCCUGAACUUGACAAUAUCUUUGAUGGCCCUUGGAAUAGUUCUAGGGGCUGGGAUCAGUUUGAAACGAAUAAAAUGCUGUUUGGGGUAAAAAGCACAUUUGAUGAGGAACUCUAUACUACAAAGCUUGAAAAAGGGCCUCGGAUGAGAGAAUUGGAGAUGCAAGCACUAAGAAUAGCAAGAGAAAUUGAGGGUGAGGAAACCCAAGAUAUUCAUCUAGCAGAGGAAAGAGGCCUUUACCCUGAUGAUUUUGACAUUGAUGAAGAGACCAGAUUCUCUUCCGUAUAUAGGGGUAAAGGUGUUGAUGAUGAAUAUGAUGAAAAUGAAGACAAUUUUUUGGAUUCCCACAAUUCUGAAACGUUUGGUGAUAUGUCGGAUUCAGUCAUAAAGAGACCAGGAAAGGUAAGUGGUGGGAAAGGCAAAAAUGGAGCUCAAACAUGGUCAAAUUUCUCUACUAUGUCAUCUCAGUCAAAAACUGGUGGAGAUAUAUGCCGCUCUGGUUCUUAUGAUCAUGCUAAGCAGUUAUCAUCUGAAGUCUCUGGUCAAAGUUACUCAUUUUCAGAUGUGGAAAGCAGGAUUCAGGAUAACUCAGUUUGUGAUCUACAUGGAGCCAAUGGUAACACCAAGGAAGAAAAUCAGACGCAAGCUGAGGAUGUACAGCUGUCUAAAUAUCAGGAUUUACGUCCAGCAUUCAACUUGAAGAAAGAUGGAUCUGAUAAAGUGGGAUUAUCACCUACUAAUGCCUCCUCCUAUACCUCCUCUACUCAUAUUUCAUCUAAGGUUGAUGAAAAAACUGGAUCACAUGGAGACUUGACUGGGGGUUCAGAAUCUGUCAAAGCAAGUUGGGAAACAAAGUCCUUAAAUUCACGUGGAAGAUCAGAAACACGUAUAUCAUCUGGUUCAGAUUUUAUAGCAGGUGUGGCAACAUAUUCUGGUCCAAGUUUAUCACCAAGUUCUUCACUUGGUUCACUGUCUUCCGACAAAUCAACUCUGAAUCCCUAUGCGAAGGAAUUUAAACUGAACCCUAAUGCUAAGAGUUUUGUUCCGUCUCAAGCACCUGUUAGGCCUCGCUCCCCGGUGUCUGAUGGCUCCUUCUAUUACCCAGCUAACGCAUCUACUGUACCGAGUAUGCCAACCAUGCCAAUGGGCGUCGGAGUUGGAACUUCUUUUGCCGGGCCACAACCUAUAAUGUAUAAUCCACAAGUAGCACAAAUGCCAUCCCAACCAUAUUUUCAUCAGAAUGGACCACAGUAUGGACAAAUUCAUGGUCAUCCUAGACAAGUUCUAUACAUGCCCAAUUACCUACCUGAGACACCGCCAUAUAAGGGACGGAACUAUUAA